UAGUCCCACCACCCACUACGACCCGCACCGCCCACACGCUGCGUGCGCUGCGCACCAUCCCCGUGAACGUUGAAGGUUAUGUCAUUUGUGUAAUAUGGCGUCGAGUGAGAGUGGUGAUUUUCAAAAGGUGUUGGAGUAUCGGAUUUACAAAUGCUCCAGUUAUUCUUCCUGUUACAUACCCGAAAACAUCAUCGUCGACGUACCGUCGGAUCAGUCUUCGCGAUGGUCCUCCGACGACAGUGUCCCGCAGUACCUCAUCCUCAAGCUCCAAUGCCCCUCCGUUGUCAAGCACAUCACUUUCGGCAAGUAUGAGAAGACGCACGUAUGUAAUAUAAAGAAGUUCAAGAUUUUCGGUGGACUCGAGCCUGAAAAUAUGAUGCAGCUUCUCGAAAGUGGAUUAAGAAACGAUUCCAUACCAGAAACGUUUGAUCUCAAGCAUGUUUUGGGAGACAAAGGGAAUUACUUUCCCAUUAGAUACUUGAAGGUGCUUCCACUGCAGGCGUGGGGUCCCAACUUUAACUUUUCCAUAUGGCACAUCAGACUGACUGGUAUUAAUGACCCCAAGUUUGUAAAGCCCUGUAUCGAGUGGUACAACACGUACCGGCAGAAGGAAAUAAUAAGGCUAUGUAUGAAACACUUCCGACAAAUGGAGCAGCCCGAGGUUGUCGAGACCCUGCAAAGGGUCACUGGCGUGCCGCUAGAGGAUUCGCGGCUGUCGACGUUGUACGAUUUGUUGGUUACCAAGGGCGACCAUUUGCAAGCGGAACAUUUUAUCGACAAUGCGAUCACGAUGGGGCUCUUAAACGAUUAUAUCAAUGCUCAAACUUAUAGAGCAAUUUGGACAAAAUUAUCGUCCAACGAGCCCAAGCCCGGGAUGCGGGGCGGCCAUCAGAUGGUGCUCGAUCCCACGGCUGAGGUGCUGUAUCUAUUCGGCGGAUGGGACGGUACGCAGGAUCUCUCUGACCUAUGGUCGUACGAUAUAGAGGCCGGCAAAUGGACGCUCAUAUGCAAGGAUACCGAAGCAGUGGGCGGACCGAGCGCGCGUUCAUGUCACAAAAUGUGCCUGGAUCCGCAGAGACGACAACUUUUUACGCUGGGCAGGUACUUAGAUACACAGGUUCGUACUUGUGAAAAUUUGAAGAGCGACUUUUACGUUUACGACAUCGAGUCGAACAAAUGGACGCAGAUCUCGGAGGACACAGGGACUAUGGGUGGGCCACCGCUUGUAUUUGAUCAUCAGAUGUCGAUGGAUGUCGACAAGCGAACUAUCUAUGUUUUUGGUGGACGAAUAUUGGCUCAUUCGAGUAGUUCUGACGAACACAGUCAGGAGCACCAUUUCUCGGGACUGUACUCUUAUCACGUGCCGACUGGCACCUGGAUCAGACUCGCCUGUGAUAUCGCUGAUAAGCCAUGCUCGAAAGACAUGCCGAUCUACAGAUCCCGCGCCGGUCACUCCAUGCUGUUUCACCCGCUGUCCAGAAAGUUGUACAUAUUCGCAGGUCAGAGAGGUAAGGAGUAUCUGAGUGAUUUCUUCACUUACGAGGUCGACACGCAGCACGUCGAAUAUAUAGGCUAUAACGAGUUUGGCACGACGAAGGAUACUAAUCACGUUCCCGCGGCCGGAUUCACGCAGAGGGCGACCAUCGAUCCUGAACUUGGCGAGAUCUACGUGCUAUCGGGAUUGAGCAAAGACAAGGACAAGAGGGACGACAACGUGCAAAAUUCUUUUUGGGUGUACAAUAUCCGAAACAGGGAAUGGUCUUGCAUAUAUCGUAAUGAAAACGUUGGUGAAAAAUAUUGGAGCAAGAUGCAAGAUUACGAACCGUGCCCACGAUUCGCGCAUCAGCUUGUUUAUGAUCACACUAGAAGGGUUCACUUUCUAUUCGGAGGUAAUCCGGGCAGAUCUUGCCUUCCAAAUUUGAGACUUGACGACUUUUGGCAAUUAGAACUGCGUCGACCCACGAACGAACAGAUUUUGAAUAGGUGCAAAUUGAUUAUUAGGAAACACAAGUUCAGGGAGCUUGCUUUGAGCAACAGCAUAGAAGCUCUCGAAUAUCUGCAGACGAAAAUCUUCGAAAUUAUUGAUCACAAUGACACACAGCAGACGAAAGAGUUCCAACUCUUGACGGCGGUUCUAUUCCGGAAACAAAAUAACUCGGAGGACGCUUCUCACUCGAACACGAUUUUAAACGAACUAACGACAGGCGUAACGGCGCAACAGCGCGUAAACUCACGCGAUGUACACAAUUUGCGAACCGAGCUUUACGACAAACUCUCAGAAUUCUUCCCGGAAUCGUUGACUCAGCCGCGGACGAAUUUAAUCGAUCUCCUGCCGUUGUAAUGCGAGAGACGGCGAGUAAGAGAGCCGGUCGCGAGACCCGUCAUUUGUUUUUCUAUUUUUAUUGUGUGCUAAUUACGGGGAAAAAAGAAUUGAUUAUAGUAUACAUUUUGAAUUCUACGUUAACAGAACUGCCUUUUUCUAUUUAUUUCAACUCUGUUAUAACAAAGCCUUAAUUGGUUUUUCUUUCGUUUUUUUUUUAAUUUUUGAUAAAUCUAAAGCAGUUCUUUAAGACAAGGCACUAUUCCACGUGCUAUUUAUACUUAUCUACCUGCGACUUAUCUCAAAUCGACCCCGCGGAACUUUGUGAUAUCGAUAGCUUUCUAACGGACUGGUUAGCUGAUACGUAAAUAAACUAGAAACUCGGUUUUAUAUGUAAUCUCUCCUGAUAUUCUAUAGCUAUGUGUUUAUAAUGUGGCCAUAAAGUUGUUGUUGUUAUUAUGUUUGCUAAAAUAAUAUAUGUAUUCGUCGCGAAUGGAAGAAAGAUAAGACUAGAUGCGCGCCAUAGAGGAAAGCUUUUACUAAAGCGUCGCGAUUUAUUAGAACGUUUCAUGCAAUUCGACAUCGCCGCGAUAUACGCCGCUUUCUACCGAAAGUACGUAAGCCAAGAAAUCAUGACGCAGCUUCGCUAAACUCAACAAAUUAUAGAGCUUAAUCUGAAGUCUACCGAAACGAGAAAUGAUCUUUUCUUACAAGCUUACAAGGAGGCGGAGAAAAACAGCUAUUAUAGUCAAUUACACGUAAUAUUUCCUUUUUUGAUUAAUUAUAAUCUUGAAUUAUAAUUAAUUCAAUUGAUUGUACUUAAUUUAAUUAAUUACGAUUUGGAAUUAUAAUUAAUUAAAUAGGGAAAUUUCGGAAGUUAUUUAAAUAUUAUGGUUAAUUAAAUACAGAAAUUUUGUGACCAUAAUGUUCCUUCUAACUGAAUAAUCGCUAUAUUUUCCACAUUGUCACGAGCAAUAGGGAUAUAUCUCCGAUAGUCGAGUUGAAUGGGAUGUCACGCGUGUCUCGACCCAUUUUUCUCUUGUAAAAUGAUCUUUUUCUUAGAUAAUAAUAUCUCCGUAUUCCUCGCAUCCUUUUGUUUAUAAUCUAAGAAUAAGUUCACAUUCACCGAAAAUGCCUUCUAAUGACGAGACAUGAAAUCUGAAAGUGUAUUAUCGCAAGUGUCGACGCGAGCUAAAUAAUAAUCUAUUCACAUUUUUGACCUCUCCAUUAGCUCUUUUCAACGCUCCUUUCCGAACGAUCGUCCGCGAGGUAGAAUACCCAACACGGAGUACAUUUCAGGAACUUUGUUUUCGUUAGCAUGUAAAUAUCCACGAUAAUGAUCUAUCAUUGUGUCGGUGCGUUGCACUUUAUUGUUCGUCGGCCGAAGUGUAUCCCUGUACAUACGUAAAUCCACCUCGCGAGCUUAAAACGAAGAGAGAGGUGCGUAUGCGAGAACGAUGCAAUUAUAUAUGUAUAUUGUGAAACAAUAGAAACGAAAUUGUAUAGCCGCUGAGAAUGUCCGGCCGCGCGCGCAUUAUAUUUGUACAUACACAUAUACGAUUAUAUACGAUGUAAGGAACGUCGAGACGAUUUUUAUAAUGUGAUUCCAGUUACGCUAAGUUUUAAGAUAACGGAACUGUAAAAAGGAGAAAAAGGUGUGAACGGAGAGUAUAUAUAAUAUAUAUAGAAAAAAAAAAA